AUGUUGAAAACAUUCGAAAUCGAUACGAUGUUUUCCUCCGAAAAAAUUCCAGGAAUACUACAGCUGACAUUAGGAUUGAUAUUCUUCAUCACAUGCUCUGUGACGUCAACGGCUGUUCGACACCACAAGGAAUUGGGUCUUAAAAUCCUUUGCAGUCUUAUUGGAACUUUUCUAUACUUAUGUCUUGUUUUGAUUACCGUAAUCGUUGGUAUUAUAGGCUUUUAUAGGGUGAUGCAAAUGUACAGUCGAGUGGAUUAUGUUGAUCGGUCAGUAGCGAUGUACGUUGAUCAGAAUUUAUAUCGCGCUGCAUUGACCGUAUUCACAUUUCACAUUUGGUUUUCUGUUUCGAAAUGUUGUUGCUGUAGAUAA